CAACAUGGUCCAAAAUCGUUUGCAGUGGAUCGGGUGCAUCCACUCUUUGUGCUCUCUCAAAUUCUCUUCUUCUGAAUUCCUCACCACCUCUAUCGUUCUCUUUCUAAAGUUAUCUCACUGAAUUAUUAUUAUCUUCAAAUCCUAAUCUUCUCCAUUAGCAGUAAUCCUUUUACUAUCCCUACCACUACGGGAUUUGAAUUGACAAUUGCGUCUCUGUGCUAAUGUGGUAUGGCAACAUGAACUGAUGUACUUACGCGCGAAGUUGUACGCUGUAACUAACUGAUUGACUAACUGAUUUCUUUAGUGUAAACAGCAGUCACCUAUAAUACCGGUCAUUAUUAUUUUCUAUGCUAUCAUUUGUAAGAACAUAGAACUGCAUGACUAUUACCGUAAUUUCCUCUUUGUUUGUUUUGAGGGAUGCUUUGGUAAUCUUAGAUCCAUCAGAUUUCCAUCCUAUAUGUGCUUUCCGUAUCUCUUCAAAAGGCGUCAACGCAAGUCCUUGUGUGUGCGAGGCAUUUCCUUUCUGAUCAGAACACAACAGAAACUAGUCUUUUGAGUUCAGCUUAUGUUCAGUGGGUUUCACUUAUUUCAAGUGGAUUCAGGCCUUAUCUCCUCAUGUCCGUUUCUAUCUGGAUAACCCUUCCGGUUUUCCACGUCUUCUGGACGUUGAAAUUAUUGUAUCAGUUGUUACUCUAGUUGUUAAGAAUAUUGGCUUCGCAACUCCUGAAAAAUUUUGGCUUUCGCCAUAAGCUAUCACAACUAUUCUUUUCGGAGGUGUUACAACAUUCAGUGCUGAGCUUAUAUAGUUUAGAUGAUUUCUCUCUAAUCGGCGUUUUUUAGAAAGAUUGUUUUCUGUAGGCUGUUAAUCCAAUGCCCAACGCUCCGUUUUCCGGACUUGGAAUCGACAAUAACCCUAGAGUACUUUAUUUUGACUUACCUAAGUUUCGAGCUAUUUACUAAUCAAAUACUCAGUGCCUAACAGGAUCCUACUGGAUGGCCUGAAAGAGAUCUCAACCCAUAAGCAUGUUUCACGAUGUUACAAAGAUACAUCUCUCCAAGCAAUGGGCGUAUCAUUUAGCUGCAUUACCAAUUUAGUGUCAUUAAUAUGUGCGUACUCGAUCGCAUUAAAGACGUUCUCUCAGGGAACGAUGAUGUACAAAACCUGCCAGAUUAGGUUGCAAAAACUUAAACCAUGUGCUCUCUUCGUUCGCGAAAGUCGUAAAGAUUCGGAUUAUAAUAUAUUUUAACAGUGAUAUGUUUUGAUUCAGUCUUAGAUGGAUUGGUUAUGAAGUUUAUAAGUUUGUUAUAAACAGGGAAUUUUUGUGAUUAGUCCACAUUUUAGAUUACACCUAUUACCACUACAUCUGCGAUAAUAUAUAACUACUCCAAAUUUUCACGCCUAAAAGUAUCUUAAGUUGAAAACAACAGUACUUCUGCUCGUCUUCAAUUCCUAAUCCUCGUCUCGCUUAUGUUAUUCUCCACUGCUCUCGAUCGUUUCGCAACGUCGUAACCGGUUCUAAUUUCAUGUUUUCGCUAAUCCUUAUUUUGCUUCUCCGGAACGAAUCUCCACAUAUGAAUGGAUCCGAAUACUAUUGUCGAUAUUCACUGGGUUUGAACAGUUUUUGAUAUUAUUGUGUCAAGUGCCACUGAUUUUACUACAGCAUAAAUAUCCAAGCUUCUACCAAAGUAAACACGUCAGUUGUCAUUUCUUUGCGCUAAUUCAUGAGUUUACAUCUGUCUGGACGUCUGUAUUAGAAAACUCUUUAGCUUAUUGCAAUGGCGAUUCUUGGAACUUUAUCUAGGUACAUUGUGUCGGUGUCUUAUGUACUGAUGUUGUUUGCUUCUGUAAUACUUGCUGCUAUUGGGGGGAGCAUACUUGUAAUUGCUGUGCGUUACAAACACGUUGUGACUGUAACAAACCUGAAAUUUCCUGGUUAUAUAGUACUUAGCACAAGUUUACUACUCCUGUGUGUUGGAAUAAUUGGCGCCAUAGCUUGCAUAAAACGCAGUCGCUGCUUACUUGUAUUCUUGUAUUCAUUAAUGCUCACCAUCUUACUAUGUGAACUGGCUGCCAUUAUCGUUUCUAUAUUUUACUGGCCAAAAGUGAGAAAACAAAUAAGUGAUGCACUUCAUGAAGAUCUGAACUUGUAUAGUAAAGUUGCUGAAGUUCAACAAAUUGUCGAUCUUAUUCAGUCAAAAUUCGAGUGUUGCGGCGUGGAGAAUAAGUCAGAUUGGGAAUCUAUUAAGCUUAACACGAACAGUAGUUAUCCGCAAAGUUGUUGUAAAAAUCUUCAGUUAACAAACUCGUCUGAGGAUAAAGAGUGCAGUUAUCAUCAAUAUGGCUGCCUCGAUGUCUUAGAACUUGAAGUUCAAAGGUAUUUGGGCUAUAUCAUUGGAUCUUCAUGUACCUUUUUCUUGUUACAGUUUAUCGGUUUGUAUAGCAUGUGUGUCGUAAUUUGUCGAUCACAGUCGAUCCAUCAUUGGCAUAAUGAAGGUUAUAUUAACAUAUAAUCUAUGGUGAACUUUGCGCACCGAAGUGAUUCCUAUUUCUACAAAAGAAGUAUAAUGGAUUCGUAAUGUGCCCCUUACCUAAACUAAAUAGCUGAUUUCUCUACUCACAGAUCCCUGUUUCAUUUUAUUGACAGAGCAUUCAGGAAUACCAUUGUAAUUUUAUUCUUCUUAUUGUUUUUACUCCUCAAUCGAUGCCACCAAUAAAUACAUUGUUAUU